AUGGGACUUUCAUCAAUCCUACUGCGCAUAGACAAGAAGGGUCAGCCGCUUCCCAAGUCAAUUUCGGACCCGGAGCCGCUGAGUCCAAGGCAGAAUGCCGCCAGAAUCAGUGUAAACGAUGACGCCAAAAGGGGCAGUUUCUCAACGACACCAGCUGCGAAACCAGUUCAACCCAAAGCAGGAGACCAGCGACGACAGGAAACGUUAAAGAGUAAGCAGCCAGUGCCGAGGGCGAACGUGCCAGCAAGACCAGCCAGUAACCCGCGAGGAAGUCUUGUCCAUGGACCCAAUGCAACAAUAAGUUCCACUAACGUAUCGCACAAACCAUCACACAACACAGCAACGUUGCCUCGCAAACAGCCGGCAACUACUAAAACAUCGUCAUCAUUAUUGGCAAAAGGCAGCUCUUCUUUUGAGCCAGUUGUUACUCCAGCGAAACCCAAAAUGAGCUAUUCUGAGCUCAUGAAGAAAGCAGCCGGGAUAGACCACAGCAAGCUUUCCAUCAAGUAUCCUCAGAAGGAAAGGACAAGCAAAGGCGAAAAGCCAGCUACGUCUCCAAAGCGGUCAUCUCCUAAGCCGGACUUGACUGCUCCUAACCCCGCCAAAAGUGUCUCUUCGCGAACAGCUUCAUCUCCAAGAGAACGCGAUGGACAUGGCAAUCGAGCACAGCCCAUGGCGCGUACGGGAGAAGCCACGUCUUCCAACAGACCCACCAAGUUUCCCGAGUCAACAAAGAAAAUGGCUCUGCCAAACCCAAAAAAGCCCAGUGUUGCAAGAGAAUCUGAGCAAGCAAGACCAAAGCAGAAGGUGCCGGAACCAACGAGACAAGCCAGUGCUAAGCUCCAGGCGAUGCUCGAUAAGAAGAGACAGAGAGACAAUAAACAAUUGCAUUUGAGAGGAAGAGGAGGACGCCACGAGGAAGACUCGGAAGACGAUUUGAGCGACUUUGUAGCGAGUGAUGAAGAAGAGCUUGAUGACGGUGUUGAUUACAACAGAGACGAGAUUUGGGCAAUGUUCAACAAGGGGAAACGGCACCACUAUGACUAUGACGACGACUCUGACGAUAUGGAAGCCACUGGUGCCGAGGUGUUCGAGGAAGAGCGCAGGUCCAAAAUCAAUGCUGACCGUGAAGACCGACUCGAGCAGGAACGGUUGGACAGAUUAGCCGAGCAGAAAAGGAAGAGAUUGCGGCAUUCAUAA